AUGGGUUGUUGUGUUAGCACUCAUGACAAACAAAAUCGUUUAAAACAUUCCUCACUUCAACCAAACGACCUCAAUGAAUUCCCUUGUGUCUCCAAAUCACCACCAAUAGCCGAGGAAGAGGCCGUCAAAGAAGUCCUCUCUGAAACCCCAAAACCCAGGCCCAAACCCAGGUCCAGGCCCGAAAGCCCGAGAAAGGUCGUAGCUGAACAUGGUCAGCAAGAAGAGUCCAUGAAAUCGAAGGUGCUUCCAUUUACUCCUCCGAAGAAAGCGUACCCGGAAGAGCAGAAACUACCCACCGGGUACCCGGAUCCGUGUACCCCAGAAGAGAUCUCAGAAGCGUCGGAAAUGUGUAGUUUUAGCGAGAGUAUAUCUACAACCAGAGAAGAUGAUCAUCAUCUUAAUCAAAUAUUGUUCGGCAGAGAAGGCGUUGUUACUAGUGGGGGAGGUGGUGGUAGUGAGUAUCGUCAAAGGGUGUACAGAUCUCAGGGGUUUAAUAAUGUGAACAAUGGUGGUGGUGGUGGUGGUCAGCAUUAUAGGAAUCAGGGGAGAUCGCCCGCGAGACGACGGCCCGAACCAUCCCCGCCUCGAAAGAGGAAUCCCAGCCCGGGUGGUGGUGUGCCUAAAAGGGAAUUUACCGGGGAUAAUUCGGGCCGUCGGUCUCAGUCCCCUGGAAUACGGGCUAAUGUGGGCCGUAGCCCGUCUUCCAGGAGGACUGGGCCAUCUCCGGGCCGGGUUAGGAUGGUCCAUGGCCCGGAGAAUGGGAGGAAGGUAGAGGAGGAGAUGGAAGAGAAUGAAGAGAUUGGGAUGAGGAGAGAGAGUGAAGAGUGGCAAGGUCCAAAGGAAUCACUUGAAAAUCCACUUGUUUCAUUGGAGUGCUUCAUCUUUCUGUAG